AAACAUAUUCAGUCGACGCCCGAGCUCACAACGCGCAACAAGCUUAUCUCUGCUUGUUUGUUCACCACACCACUCAUUUACCAUCAUAACCCGAAACGCCGCUGCGGUUUCGCUAUCAUCGACUCUCGUUUUAGCACUGGUCCUAUCGGUUGGUCAUUACAGUCCGUUCAGCGUCGCCAAGAUGAAGUCUUUUGUACCGGUUCCGGACAGCAGCGACUUUCCGAUUCAGAACCUUCCGUACGGUGUCUUUUCGACGGAAGCUAACUCUCAGCACCGCGUCGGAGUUGCCAUCGGAGAGCAUGUGCUUGACCUUGGAGCCGUGAAGAACUUUUAUCCCGAAAAGUACCACGAAGCCCUGUCUGCCAAUGUCCUGAACCCGUUGAUGUCCCUUGGGUGCGAAUCAUGGGCCGAGGUUCGUCGCAUCACCCAGAACUUGCUGCUGGAAGGUUCGGAGCUUCACGCCAACCAGGCUCUCCAGCAGACUGCACUGGUUCCGCUGUCCUCGGUCACGAUGCACCUGCCGGCCACCAUCGGAGACUACACCGACUUUUACUCGUCGAUUCAUCACGCCACCAACGUGGGCAUCAUGUUCCGCGGCAAGGAAAACGCCCUCAUGCCAAACUGGAAACACCUCCCCGUGGGAUAUCACGGCCGGGCCAGUUCGGUGGUCGUCUCCGGAACGCCAAUCCGUCGUCCCCUCGGUCAAACCCUGCCCGUUGACGGUGCCGAUCCUGCCUUUGGGCCGUGUCGUCUGUUUGACUUUGAGCUCGAGAUGGCCUUCUUCGUCGGAGGACCACCGACGGAACUCGGCGAUCGGGUCACCGUGGACGAAGCGGCCAAGCGUGUCUUCGGGUUCGUCGUCAUGAACGACUGGAGUGCUCGGGACAUCCAAAAGUGGGAGUACGUUCCGUUGGGACCGUUCACCGCGAAGAAUCUCGGAACAACCAUCUCCCCCUGGGUUGUCCCCGUGGCCGCCCUCGAACCAUUCAAAGUGGACAACUUCCCCCAGGACCCCAAACCGUUCCCGUAUCUUACCCACGAGCAAAAGUUCAACUUCGACAUCAAGCUAGAAGUGGACAUCAAACCUGCCAACGGUGUCGCGACGACCGUCUGCCGGUCCAACUAUCGAAACCUGUACUGGACGGCGCUGCAGCAGAUCGCCCACCACACCGUCACCGGGUGCAACCUGAAGCCGGGUGACCUGAUGGCCAGCGGAACGAUCAGCGGCGACGCGGCGGACUCGUUCGGGUCGAUGCUCGAACUCAGCUGGAAGGGCACAAAGCAGGUGCAGUUGUUGGGCGGCGAGAGUCGCAAGUUUCUGCAGGACAACGACGAGGUCACCAUUCGGGGCUUUUGCCGGAACGAUGAGCUGAGGAUCGGGUUCGGGUCGGCCAGUGGGGUGGUGCUGCCAGCGAAGCCGUUUGAGUGAUGAUCGAGGGAAACAGAAUUGAUGUUGCAAUAAAAAAAAGGUUUUGAAACUGGUUUAA